AUCUCCUCCAUCCUUCCCUCCCUUUCUCUACCAGUCUCCUCCUGUGUGCGUAGUUAUUGGCUUUGCAACAAUGAGCAAAACUAGCAAAAAAUACCUUAAUCUUCAAAACCCAUUUAUGCUCAGCCCUUUCUACGUCUUCCUCUUUUUCUACCACUUUACCAGCCCCAUCGCUGGUGAAUUACUGGCCCCUUACAACCCUGUUGAGAACAUAGCCCUUGACUGUGGCUUCUCUGGCAACAGUACUACGCAAGAUCCGCGGACUUGGAUCGGAGACAUCAACUCAACAUAUUCUCCAUUAGAUCCCCAUGACUCAUCAGCCAUCUCUACAGCGCCUCAAUCUCGUACCGCGGUGCUUCUGGUCCCUUACAGCACAGUACGCUUCUCACGCUCCGAAUUCACCUAUAUCUUUUCAGUGACUUCAGGCCAGAAGUUCAUCCGUUUUUACUUUUACCCAGCUUCAUACCCAAACUUUGACAGCUCUAAGGCCUACUUCUCUGUCAAAGCUGGUCCCUUUACUCUCCUAAGAAACUUUAGUGCUGCUCUUACUGCUGACGCUCUUCACUUAGAAAAUCUUUCAAAGGAGUUCUGUGUAAAUGUUGGGGAUGAGAAAACUCUGAACAUAACUUUCACUCCAAGGCCAGAUUCAUAUGCUUUUAUCAACGGAAUAGAAGUCGUAUCAAUGCCUCCCAAUCUCUAUUACACUGCAGCUGAAAAAAAUGGGGCUGUAUUUAUUGGCCAGGUGCAACCAUACCGCAUCGAAAACAACACGGCUCUUGAGACGGAGUACCGUGUAAACGUUGGUGGAAGGUCUAUCUCACCCGCUGAAGACACUACUGGUAUGUACCGGAGCUGGUUGAGCGAUAAUGAUUACUUGGUUGUGAACGACCAUAGUGUUCUACCUGUCAACACCUCUAUUUCCUUGAUGUUCAACAAAAUUCCAAAUUAUACAGCACCAGAGGAAGUCUACAAAACUGCCCGGACAAUGGGUACGAACAAAACCAAUAACAAGCUCUAUAAUCUUACUUGGGAGUUUUCCGUGGAUUCUGGCUUUUUUUACAUGGUGAGGCUUCAUUUUUGCGAGUUUCAACCAGAGAUUACCGGCAGCUCUCAGAGGGUCUUUUACAUCUAUAUAGCCAAUCAAACUGCUGCAGCGGACGGUGUAGAUGUAAUCCAAUGGAGUGGUGGAAAAGGGAUUCCAAUGUUUGUUGAUUAUGUUGUGCCGAUGCCCGGCAAAUUAAAUCAGAAGAAAAUGAACCUUUCCGUUGCACUGCAAGCAAACCCAGAUGAUCGGCAGACAGCUUACAACGAUGCUAUUUUGAACGGGCUGGAAAUAUUCAAAAUCAACACCACCGGAGGCAAUCUCGCCGGGUCCAACCCAGACCCGGCUCCGACGUCAUCUACGGUUCCGCCACCAUUAAUCCAACAACCAAAUGGGCGGAAGUUCAACAAGACGACAAAAAUUGGAAUUAUUUCGGGUGUGGUUUCCGGCAUAGUCUUAAUCUUUUUUAUUGUCGGUUUCAUAAUUUUCCGAAGGAGCAAGAGAGUCAAGUACGGAGACUACGAUGAUACGACCAAGUCAACGAAGACCCAGGGGUCAACAACAACACUACCAGCUGAUUUGUGUCGUUAUUUUACACUGUCUGAAAUUACAGCAGCAACCAACAACUUUGAUAGUGUGUUCAUUGUUGGUGCUGGUGGGUUUGGAAACGUGUAUAAAGGGUACAUUGAUGGGUGGGCUAGGGGCAACCCCGUUGCCAUCAAACGAUUGAAGCCGGGGUCUCAACAAGGGGCACAUGAGUUCAAGACCGAGAUUGAGAUGCUAUCUCAACUCCGCCAUGUGCAUCUUGUUUCUCUCAUUGGGUAUUGUAACGAUGGCAAUGAGAUGAUCCUAGUGUAUGACUAUAUGGCCCGUGGGACCCUCCGUGAUCAUCUCUACAAUACUGAUAAUCCGCCUCUUUCCUGGAAACGACGACUCGAGAUUUGUAUUGGUGCAGCACAUGGGUUGAACUACCUUCAUACAGGCGCAAAGCACAUGAUCAUUCAUCGUGAUGUGAAGACUACAAAUAUCUUAUUGGAUGAGGAAUGGACUGCCAAGGUGUGUGAUUUUGGGUUAUCAAAACUAGGCCCCACUAGCAUGUCCAAGGCUCACGUCAGCACCGUGGUGAAAGGUAGCAUGGGGUAUUUGGAUCCAGAAUAUUAUCUACGUCAACAGUUAACUGAGAAAUCUGAUGUGUAUUCUUUUGGUGUGGUGUUGUGUGAAGUAUUGUGUGCAAAGCCACCCAUUACACGUAUGGCGGUGAAAGAGCAAGUCAACCUGGUAGAGUGGGUCAAACAGUGCCAACGCUAUGGAAAACUUGAUGAGAUUGUUGAUCCAUUUUUGAAGGGUACAAUUGCAGUGGAAUGUUUGAAGAAAUAUGUUGAGAUCGCUACAAAUUGUUUGCUUGACAAUGGAACCGAACGCCCAUCAAUGAACGAUGUGGUGUGGGGCCUUGAGUUUACAUUGCAGUUGCAAGAGAAUGCAGCAAAUAAAGAGGUGACACUUCGUGGGGUUGAAAUUGAGGUGAUGGAAGCUGAGAAAGCUCUCAUCCCUAAUAAGUCCAUUGUAUAUGAUAGUAGUGACAUGUUCAGUAGUAGCGAUGGACAAGUGACAAGUAUAAAUAGCAACAGCAGGGUCACCGUUACAAGCAAGGAAGAACAAAGUUUUGCGAGUACGGAUUUGAAUGGAUUUAUGUCUGCCGGGGCAGUGUUUUCUGAGAUUUUGAUUCCUAAAGGUAGAUAAAAAAUAAAAUAAAAUAAAAAAGGUUGUAGCUUAAAUUUUAGUGUGUUUUAUUUAGACUUUGGAGUCGCGUUGGAUCCUUAAACUAGGUUUGGAAGAAAGUCAUUUUAUUCACAUAUGGAGUAAGAUGAUAGUUGUAACUUGUAAUGCAUAUGUUUGAUAAAAUUACAACUUUUUAAAAAGAAGAAAAGCAUUGGCGUGCAUCUUGGUGCUAAUAUUUUAA